GCUGCAACUUGCUAGCCUGCUAUCCUUCACUUCCCAAAUUACCUUCAAUCUCCCUGUUUUACAUUUUCUUUUCCUGAGAAUUUUUAUUGUUACCCCAAUCUUGGUAGCAUGCCUCAGACAACCAGGCUCUUCAAGAAACCUCUGAAACCCACUGAUAUCACCAGGAGGCUGGCAAUCCCAUCAAAGAGUCUGGAAUUCUUUCCAAAUUUCAAUGAAGGCCAUACCGUAAAAUUGAACAUUCGGUAUGAGAGUCGAGUGUGGCCAAUGGUAUGUUCCACUAGGAAACAGGGUUACAAAAAACCUGUUUUCUCUAACGGUUGGAUACCCUUUGUUCGCCGCAACCGCUUAGAUGUCGGAGAUGUAGUGACCCUUUACGGAGAGGAUGAUGAAGAAGAAUUCUGGUUUCGGAUUGAGGUGGACAGAGCAACCAGGGCACCUUCUGUUGAUGGGAAUUUGGGCGUUUCAGUCCCCAACAAGGCUAAACCAAAAACAGAAUCCGGUAAAGCAUUCAAUGAUGCCAAGAAGAUAAAUUUGGGAUUGGUCGGCGAUCAAGAGGAAUCUGUUUUGAAUUUAGACUUGACUCUGGCGCUACCAGGAGCUACAAAUUAAGCUAGAAAGCAGAGUAGAGAGUAAGUACUUGUCAGGAGCAAAGAAUUCAUAUUUCGACUAGGAGUUGCAAGAUUUUCAGGUUGCCUGUAAGAAAAAAUAUAGAAAUAUUUAUGAA